AUGACCGUUGUCUCUUAUCGAGGUAAAACAUCUCCCCUAAACAGCGAUGUCACCCUCAUGACCGCAAUCAAAGAAGACCUCAAAAACAAACCUGAAGAUCUUAAAAGAGUUCUUGAUUUAAUUAAUCAAUUAGAGAAAUAUGUUAUUCAAGUAUGUAAAAAAAUGACACAUUUAAAAAAAGAUGAAGAUGAACCUGCCAAGGUAAUACUUCGAGAGAUCUUUACAAAGGUGACAACAUGGAGAAAGUAUUUUAUUAUUAGACAUUUGGAACAAUUCUUUUCAACACCAAGAAACCAUAAUUCCAAUUUCGACUACAUUUAUAGUUUUUUGAUCGAAACCAACAAGGUACAACACUUGACACUUUCAAAUCACAGUGAUCAUACUUUUGAGAUGAUGUCCAAGAUCUUAUCGCUCAAUACAUUUGAACUUUACAGUUUGUUGUCAUCUUGGGAUCAGAAUGUUGAGGAUUUGAUUGACCGUGUCUCUAAAAUCAAAAACAUCAAAUAUCUAAUCAUCUAUAUCGACAACAAACACAACCUCCAACAAUUAGAAUCAAAUCUUCCAUUCCAUUCAUUCUAUAUUGAAAAGAAAAAACUUAAACUUCGAAGUUUUGAUUUUAAACAAAGUGUCUACAAGAUUACACUUGUUAGAGACCAAGAUAGAAUCAAUUUGAAACCACCAACAAUCAUUCAACUUGCACCAAUCAAAAUUACUUGUAAAUAUGUUAAUCCACCUAUUCAAAUUAAUGAAAAUCAAAAUAAUCAAAAUAAUCAAAAUAAUAAUCAAAAUAAUCAAAAUAAUGAUGAUAAUAAUAAUAAUAAUGAUAAUGGUAAACUUUUAAAUGUUGAUAUUGGUAAAUUAUUCCCAACAACAUCAACAACAAGUAAAGUGGAUAGUUUAAUAACUAGUUUUACCAAUUUAUCAGUGAUUGGAAGUGAAUGUUAUGAUAAGAAUGCUAGAGCACAUUGGUAUUGGUCAGACCAAGAAUCACAUUGGAAUGAAUUCACCAAAGAAGAAUCCAAGAGAAUUGAAAAAGGAUUCCUACUCGACAAAAUGAGAAAACAAUUAGAUGAUUGUCGUUGGAUUGAUUACAAUCGUAGAGUUCAAAGAGUUUAUGAUGAUGAAUCACUUGUAUUCCCAAUUAAAAGAACUAUUUCAAAAUAA